GAAGUGCGGACCGCGGCGGCGGCGGCGGCGGCGGCGGCGGCGGCGGAGCCCGAGCGGAGGCCGGAGGCUCCCGGCCCGCCGGCCCCGGAGCGGAGCGGAGCGGAGGAUGCAGCAGCCGCAGCCGCAGGGGCAGCAGCAGCCGGGGCCGGGGCAGCAGCUGGGGGGCCAGGGGGCGGCGCCGGGGGCCGGGGGCGGCCCGGGGGGGCGCCCGGGGCCGGGGCCCUGCCUGAGGCGAGAGCUGAAGCUGCUCGAGUCCAUCUUCCACCGCGGCCACGAGCGCUUCCGCAUUGCCAGCGCCUGUCUGGACGAGCUGAGCUGCGAGUUCCUGCUGGCCGGGGCUGGAGGGGCCGGGGCGGGGGCCGCGCCCGGACCGCAUCUGCCCCCGCGGGGGCCGCUGCCCGGGGAUCCCGUCCGCAUCCACUGCAACAUCACGGAGUCCUACCCUGCUGUGCCUCCCAUCUGGUCAGUGGAGUCCGAUGACCCGAACUUGGCUGCUGUCUUGGAGAGGCUGGUGGACAUAAAGAAAGGGAAUACUCUGCUGUUGCAGCAUCUGAAGAGGAUCAUCUCCGACCUGUGUAAACUCUACAACCUCCCUCAGCACCCAGACGUGGAGAUGUUGGACCAGCCCCUGCCAGCAGAGCAGUGCACACAGGAGGAUGUGUCUUCAGAAGACGAAGACGAGGAGAUGCCUGAGGACACGGAAGACCUAGAUCACUAUGAAAUGAAAGAGGAGGAGCCAGCUGAGGGCAAGAAAUCUGAAGACGACGGCAUCGGGAAGGAAAACUUGGCCAUCCUAGAGAAGAUUAAGAAGAACCAGAGGCAAGAUUACUUAAACGGCGCGGUGUCUGGCUCGGUGCAGGCCACUGACCGGCUGAUGAAGGAGCUCAGGGAUAUAUACCGGUCACAGAGUUUCAAAGGCGGAAACUAUGCAGUCGAACUUGUGAAUGACAGUCUGUAUGAUUGGAACGUCAAACUCCUCAAAGUCGACCAGGACAGCGCUUUGCACAACGAUCUCCAGAUCCUCAAAGAGAAAGAAGGAGCUGACUUCAUCCUACUUAACUUUUCCUUCAAAGAUAACUUCCCCUUCGACCCGCCGUUCGUCAGGGUUGUGUCUCCAGUCCUCUCCGGAGGGUACGUUCUGGGCGGAGGCGCCAUCUGCAUGGAACUUCUCACCAAGCAGGGCUGGAGCAGCGCCUACUCCAUAGAAUCUGUGAUCAUGCAGAUCAGCGCCACGCUGGUGAAGGGGAAAGCGCGAGUGCAGUUUGGAGCCAACAAAUCCCAGUACAGCCUGACGAGAGCACAGCAGUCGUACAAGUCCCUGGUGCAGAUCCACGAGAAGAACGGCUGGUACACACCCCCCAAGGAAGAUGGCUAACCCUGGAGGGCCGUGCCUCCACCUCCCCCAGCGCCACUGGACCAAUUACCUUUGAAUGCUGUAUUCGGAUCUCACGCUGCCUCUGUGGUUCCCUCCCUCGUUUUUCCUGGACGUGAUAGCUCUGCCUAUUGCAGGACAAUGAUGGCUAUUCUAAACGCUAAGGAAAAAACACAGACCCGUUUCAAGUACUCCAGACCGACUUACAGACCAGCCCGCCACCUGGCUGGAACCCCUGCUAGCAGGCAUUCUUACAAAAGAACUUUCGAGCCUCCUUCUACUGCUGGAAACUCAGCUGUGCUCCAGACUAGAGCCUCCUUACCUAUGCUAUGGAUUUUUAAUUUAUUUUCUCUUAUUUCAUGUACACUGCUUUUUUUGGUUACAGUGUAUGAUGGAUGUGUAUGAAAAAAAAUGUAUCUUUGGGAAAACAAUUACAGUUUGUUAAUUUGAA